GUGAUUGCGAACGCGGGCGUGGCCUCGGUUGCCUCGACCAUCUUCGUGAGGGUAGCCUUGGGGACGCUCCUAGAGCGCUUUGGCCCCGUGAACGUUCAGUGCGGCUUAAUGUCCUUCGGGGCUUUUUGGGUGGCCAUGGCGGCCGCCAUUACGGCUCCAUGGAACUACACGCUGAUACGUUUCUUCAUAGGUUGCGCUGGCGCCACAUUCGUGACCAAUCAGUUCUGGUGCUCGCUGAUGUUUGCGCCCAACGUUGUCGGCACGGCCAACGCCACUGCCGCCGGUUGGGGCAACCUGGGAGGCGGCGUGACCCAGAUUUUUAUGAUGUCAGUACUUUUCAAUCCUAUGGUGGCCUCCGGAAUGGAGCCGAAUGUUGCUUGGCGUGUCUCCAUGGUGGUGCCAGCCGUCAUGUUCGUGGUUUGUGCCAUCUGCAUGAAGCUCAUGAUGCUCGGCUGA